UGUUGUUUAUAUCUUGCGACCGUCUUUCGAUCUUUGCUUUUCGCAUUCAAUCGCAGCACAUUACGAAGCAGAGACGUGUUUUGAAUUCGUUAUUUCUUUGUUCUUCAGUCCCUACCAGACCAACCAACUUAUUUCAGUGCAAAUUCUGCAGUCGAAAUGUUUCGUUACGUUUUCAUUGUUGCUGCAUCCAUUAUCAUAACAGAAGCAACAGUAAAGUUAGAAGUGACCAACGAAGAGAUAGGACUGAUAUGGGUUGGCAUCAAGUCCGAACCAGGCAAAGCAGUUGUCGAAAAUGGUGGUUUUGAAUUGCAAUCCACAGAGACGAAAAUCCUCAAUGUUCCUGACAAUUGGGCAGGCCGCCUGUGGGCCAGGACCUGGUGCGAUCCAGGAUCGAAACAUUGCUUGACUGGAGACUGCGGAAACAAGCUGAAAUGCGGCAGAAGAGGUGGGGCUCCUCCGGCUACCACCGUCGAGAUAUCGCUGAAAGCCCACAGAGGAGUGGACUACUACGAUGUUACAUUGGUGGAUGGGUUCAAUAUCGGAGCUAGUGUCCAGCCAGAAAAUGGCGUCGGUAAUGGUGGCAACCUAAGCUGCAAGCCGGCAUCUUGUAUGCACGAAUUCAAGAGAGACUGUCCCACAGAGCUGCGCUUGAAUUCGCCUCACGGCGUUCUGGGAUGCAAAUCUCCCUGUCAAACUUUCAAGACUGAUGAAUAUUGCUGUCGCGGAGUACACAAAACACCUAGUACUUGCAAAUCUGAUACAUGGGAAAAUGAUUAUGCAGCCAUGUUCAAGAAGGAGUGUCCAGAUGCCUUCAGUUAUAUUUUUGAUAAAGAUGAUAAAACAUUUACUUGCAGAGCAGAUCAUUAUAUCAUAACAUUUGGAGGAGCAUUCUAAGCAUGCAUAUACAAUAUUGCGGAUGUGAUAUUAAUUAUUAUCAUUAUUAUUAUUAUAUUGAUAAGCUAGUUUAGAAAUCAUUGAUUUCAUUAAUUUAAUCUAUGUUUAUGAAUCAUAUAUGUAUGAGAGUGCUUCUCUAUAUGUAUUAAAUUAUUUUUCUACUUAUAAACUAUAAUAAACAUUUUCAUUUUACUCAUGCCAACCUUUCACUAGUAUCAACUCAUUGUCAAUAUCCCAGCCAACAUAUCUGUGACAUAACAUCUCUGAGAUGUCACGUUUAGGUAACAGUGGGAUAUCACAAACGUUCCAUCACUUGGGUAUGUUUAUAAGCAAACAUGACAUGACAUCUCUAAGAUGUCGUGAUGAGGCAACAGUGGCAACACUGCAAUAUCACGAAUGUUGCAUAGCUGCUAAAGUACAGAAGCAAACUCAUAUAUGCGAGAAAAUUGUCCAACAAUUUGUUAUUCAGAUGUUUUUUCAGUGAAAAAG